AUGUAUAGAAAUAACCUUUUUUUUCUUAUCAUUGUUAAUUUUAGUUUUGCUAUCAAUUUUGAUCAAUGGAAAAUCAAAUACAAUACAAAAUAUUCAGGAAGUGAGGCACUAAGAAGAAGAGCAAUAUUUCUUCAAAAUUCAAAAUUAAUUCAAAUGAUCAAUAGACAAAACCUUUCGUUUACUGUCACUAAUGAAGGUCCUUUCAGUGUAUUAACAAAUGAAGAAUACAGAAUGCUUCAUCAUCGUAUUGACAUAGAAAAUGAAAUAAAACAAUUGAAAUCUCAUAGAAUGAAUUUGCUUAAAAAGAUGGAUAAUAAAGAAGUACUUGACAGCAUUGAUUGGAGAAGUGAAGGGAAAGUAACUCCAGUAAAGAAUCAAAGAAGAUGUGCUUCAUGCUAUGCUUUUGGAAGUAUUGCAACAAUAGAAUCAUUAAUAAUGCAAGAAACUUCUAUUAAAGAGAUUGAUUUAUCUGAACAACAAAUAGUAGAUUGUAGUCAAGGAGAAUAUUCUAAUUGGGGAUGUACUUGUGGGAAUGUAGGAAAUAGUUUUAAUUAUGUAAGAGAUCAUGGGAUUCUUCUUGAGAGGGAUUAUCCUUAUACUGGCAAAGCAAAUAAUUGUUCUAUUGAUGGUAAAAAACCAGUAAUAAAAAUAAAAGACUACUCUUUUGUUUUUCCACAGACAGAAGAAAAUUUAAAAGUUGCAGUAUAUCAUCAACCUGUAGCAGUAUCUAUUGAUUCUUCACAAUUAAGUUUUCAAUUUUAUGAAGGGGGAAUUUAUGAUGAACCAAAAUGUAAAUGGGUAGAUCAUAUUGUAACAGUUGUUGGAUAUGGGACAACAGAAGAACAUCAAGAUUUCUGGGUUGUUAAAAAUUCUUAUGGAACUGAAUGGGGGUUAAAUGGAUAUAUUUAUAUGUCACGUAAUAAAAAUAAUCAAUGUGGAAUAGCAACAAUAGCAGUGUAUCCAAAAGGAUUAAUUAUUCUUUAA